CAGCGAAACCGAAACGGAACUUCGAAUCGGAAAAUAGAACUUCGAAACUUCCCAUUCGAUUAGCAACUCUGCUCUAUAACGGCUAUAUAACGGAACAUGGUGCACAAGAACCAGGAAAAGGAUGAGGAUCAGGUGAUGGUACAGCGAGUGCUAGAGCUGCAGGAGUGGAUCAAGACGCAGUCGCAGCUACCGCCGAAUAUAUCAUGCAUGCUGCUGCGCCGCUUUCUGCACACGACGCGCGGCGAUUUGGCUGCCACACAGCGCCUGAUGGAGCACAAUUAUGGACUGCGCAACAAGCAUGCCCAGAUCUUCAUUGAGCGCGAUCCGUUGGAUGCGAGCUCCCAGCAGCUGUUGCAAGUGGCCGACCUGGUGCCGCUGCCCGGCCUGACCCCGGAGAACAAUAAGCUGCUCUUUUACCGACUGAUCGACUUCGAUGCGGACAAGUUCAACUUUACGGCCGGCAUCAAGGUAUUUUUUAUGGUGGCCGACUGCCGCUUUGCCACAGAGAACGACGCGCGGCUGUCGGACGGAGAGAUACCCAUUUUUGACAUGGCCGGGUAUACGCUGCGGCAUCUGACCAAGACGGUGCUCAGCUCCCUGCGGGUGUACAUGAAGUUCGUGCAGGAGGCGCAUCCUGUGCGGCUCAAGGAGGUCCAUGUGCUGAACUGUCCCUCCUACCUGGACAAGGUGCUCACCGUGGUCAAGCCGUUCAUCAAGGGUGAGGUCUUCAAGCUGAUCCACUUCCAUUUGCCCAAUGCGGAGACGCCCUUUAAGCACUUUCCGCGUUCCAUGCUGCCGGAGGAGUACGGCGGCCAGGCUGGCAAAAUGUCCGAGCUGAAGCAACAGUGGAUGCAAUUGCUCAAGGAGCAGCGGGACUAUCUGAUGGAUGGCCAGAACUGGCAGCUGAACAAGGCCAAGAAGGUGUCCAACAACAGCAGCAGCCGAAGAUCUGGCACAUCCACCGCCGCCUCGGUCGCGCACAGUCUUAAGAAUCUGGAAAUUGAUUAGCCGCCGAUGGCACAACUGUACCUACAAGACCCGAACCUACAUACAUAUAUUUUAUAUUUUUUGUUUGUUUUCAUUCCACAUCCCCAGCUGCGCUCGGGGGCCUCUGUAAAUAUACGUAUCAUAAUUCGCACGUACAUAUGUGCUGGCGUAUCUAUAA